AUGAGAGCCAAAAUUGUGUUGGAUGCGACGGAGCUGAAAAUCCGAAAUAUCCUGCUCACAUUCACCAAGGAGUACGCCCGGCAAACCGGCAAACAGCUCACGUUACGAAUUACUGGCGGAUGGGUCAGGGACAAGCUUCUGGGCCGGCCAUCACAUGAUCUGGAUGUCGCAAUUGAUCAGGCAACGGGUGAGGAGUUCGCAACAGCGCUGCAACAAUGGAUGGCGGCUCAAUCUGACGAAAAAGUUGCGUCUGUGCACACGAUUGCUAGGAACCCCGAAAAAAGCAAGCAUUUAGAGACCGCGACCACCAAAAUCGAAGGGCUGGAUGUCGACUUUGUGAACCUGAGAAGCGAAGUGUAUACUGUUGACUCGCGUAUCCCCAAAGUCGAAUUUGGCACGCCCGAACAGGAUGCGUUCCGAAGAGAUGCUACGCUGAAUGCUUUGUUCUACAAUCUAGACAAGGAUCAAGUGGAAGAUUUUACAGGUAAAGGGCUGGAUGAUUUAGAAGCUGGUAUUCUGCGCACUCCGCUUGAUCCCUCCGAAACGUUCCAUGACGAUCCUCUGCGUGUGUUGCGACUUAUCCGUUUUGUCGCGCAGCUUAAUUUCACGUUGGCGCUGGAAACAGAGCGGGCCAUGACCGCCCCAUCUAUUAGGGAUGCUCUGCAGACCAAAGUCAGCCGUGAAAGGGUCGGUGUUGAGCUGAAGAAACUGGUUGCUGGUAUGUAUGCUGCACAGGGUGCGCGAUAUAUCACACGUCUGGGCCUGGCUCCGGCUAUUUUCACCCUCCCGGAGCAGUACUCCCCAAUCACGCCAAACUGGACGGUGUUGACGUCAAUGCUAGACACUGCAGACGCCGUUAUGCCUCUGAUCAAGUUUGACUACGAUAAACCGCAUCUAUGGCUUGCAAUGCUAAUGUCUGGCAUGUCCCAUUUGACCACAGUCGACAAUAAAAAGAAAGUGUUUCCUGCCCCUCUGAUUGCAGUAAAAGAGGGGAUCAAACUCCCCACCCAGGUCGGCAACUUGGUUACAAAAGUAUUGGACUCUGCUGAGGAUCUGUGGUUGUUAUCACAGCAGGCGGCCUCGUCCCGGCUGGAAACAGGGCUCCUAAUUCGCCGCAUUGGAGCCGAAUGGCCACUCUGUGUUGCCUAUUCAGCAAUCAAAUACAACAAUCCCUCGAGCUUGAACGGCUUAUAUGAUGCCGUACAUGCAAUGGGCCUUCAAGAUGCCCAUUUGAUGAAGCCUCUUCUUGACGGAAAGCAAGUAUCCAAACUUUUCCCUGGCCGUGCUGGCGGGCCCUGGCUGAAAGAGGCUCUCGACAAAGCUAUUGAAUUUCAGUUAGAGAACCCCAAUGCUACGGCAGAGGAUCUUAAAACUGUUCUGUUAGAGUAA